CUCCCCCGCCUCCAUCCCCGGUUGAUGAACGAUUUCCCUCCGGUCUAUGAGCAGCUUGUAUCCUCCUGAGUGACCUCUCUAUCUCCAUCAGCUGUCUGUCAGGUGCCUCCCCCUUCGUUAGCCCAGCCGGAGGAUGUGAUCCGGUGUCUCCGCCUGUGGUGUGUGAUCAGGGUCUCUCCGGAGUGGGCUGUGAUCGGUGGCCUCAGUCAACCCCCUCGACUCAUCAUGUCCGAGGUGCUGCCAUUCAGUGAUGCUGAACAGCGGGGGCAUUACGCGGACGGAGGGGGUGACAUUGCAGGGCAGAUACCCCUCACCUGUCGCCUCCAGGACACUGGAAACUUCUAUGGCAGCUCGGGACAAGGUGGUGGCAAGAGACCCCCCAAAUUGGGGCAAAUUGGCCGCAGCAAAAGAGUUGUGAUCGAAGAUGAAAGGAUUGACUCCGUUCUCACCAUGUCAGAGAAGGCCCCGCCUGCUGUUUAAAAGUCUUUAAGGACCGCCUUUUUAUUAGAUGUACACAAAGAAAAAAAAAAACAUUAAAAAACCCAACAACAAAGAAAGAGGGAUCGUGGAUGUGAAAAAAAAAUAACGAGUGCAGCUAGUAAGAAUGAUAUCAAGCUGUCUGAAAGUAUGUGAUUCGCACUUCUGAAAUCAAUCUCUGGAGGUGAAGAAUAACACAACAGAAGUGUGAGAAAAGAGACUGGGAGGAAAUAAAUGCAAAAAAAAACAUAGAAAAAUGUAUACUUAGCGGAGAAAUUGGAAAAAAAGGAGUAUUUUGGGAUGCAGAACGUGUUCUGCACUGGACAUGAUGCUGGUGGGUCAUUUUGUUUAUUUGCAGUGAGAAUCUUUGCUGCUUCGUUAUGGUUCGGGGGUUCGGUUGAUGGUACGGGUUAAAAUCUGAAGCGUCGUCGAAAUGAUGAGCCAAAAAAAAAAAAGAAAAAAUGAACGCUUUGGAUAUUUGCUGGCUCUCGUGUCUCUCUGGGCGUAAAUCAUCUAAUGGGAUUCUGCACGUUUCGUUCGCAGCGAAAAAAUUAAAAGGUGAUAAAAAAAAAAAAUCCUCUUUUCUCUGCACUGUUCGACAAAAUGAGGAGGCGAGCAAGCAAAAAACGAUGUCUCCUGUACGGAGAAUGUGCACACUAAAUGUCUCCCGAUUUCUCCUGUACAUGGAAAGCAGACCUGCAGACAUGUUCCAAACACGGAUUGAUUAUUCCGAAACCAAAUCCCACUUGGCUGGUUUACGCCCGCAGCCGCCAUGGAGAACUUUUAUUCUACUGAUAGUUGGCAUUUAGUCAUGCUGCAAAACAUAGUAGUGCAAAGUAUCUCACCUGGUGACGUGUGUUAGAAUGAUAUAUAUACAUAUAGGGCUCUGUAAUGUAAAUUGAUGUGGUUAUAGUUGGAGUCCGUUCUUGAUGGGCUGGAACCAAACAUUGGUGAAACACACGUAUCGCAGUUCUUCAUUAAUGGCUAGCUCUUUGGUACACCCAAGUAUGGACAGGGCUCCUGCAGUGAUACACUAGGCCAGGGAUAGGCAACCUUUGGCACUCCAGAUGUUGUGGACUACAAACCCCAUAAUGCUCUUACACCCAUAAUGCUGGCAAAGCAUUAUGGGAGGUGUAGUCCCAAACAUCUGGAGUGCCGAAGGUUGCCUAUGUCUGCACUAGGCUUUAGACUCUAAGCUGCCAUGUAGAUUUUAGCUGUACUGUACAUGUACCAAACCCCAGUACAGAUAGGCCAGGCCUCAGAUAGAGCAUGCAUGGACAGAAUUACAAUUAACUAUUAAUGAUGAUGUCAUGGCGUAGGUUCUGUGUAUAUUUUAGGCAUGGGCCUCUACACUAGGUACUUUAGGGGAUCUGUACAGUCACGAACGUCAGAUGGACUACCCUGAAUUCAGCAUUGCCCCUAGGGAUUAUCAGAGCUUUUAUAUCGGUUUAACAUAUCUUGCAACUUGUUGGUGUAAAUGCAGAUCUUACUAAAAAAAUAUUGUUCACACAAACAUCGGGUGGAUUUCUCAGUACUCCAGUGCUCAUAGUGCGUAUUGUGGGAUUCCCAGUACAUGGUUGCCUGAGCAUUAUGACAGUUGCAGUCCUCCUGGCAAUUAUUCCACUGGAAGGUGUUACGAAGCCUCACUAUGUUUUGCAGCAUUACAGUAAGUAGGGAUUUGAUGUACAUACACUACUGUUCAAAUGUCUUCUAGCACUCACUGCGUCACACUUCCCACGGGCAGUAUGAGAAUCGUGAAGUGAAGCUGACAAUUUAAUGUGUCUGAGACCCUGGCAGAGAGCAGAGGGUUCAGGUUUACAGCCAUUCCCUGUCACUCUGUACUCUCUAUACUGUUUACAUAAUUUAAUCUUGCAAAAAAGAAAAUAUAUAUAUAGAUAUAUAUAUAUAACUGUGCACCUUUGCAUGCAAAAAUCAUUUUGACAUGUGACAUUCUUGGACAAAUAGAAUUAUUUUUAGCCGUGUAAGAGUGUAAAAGGACAAAAAAAAUAUAUAUGUUGUUUUCUAAAGGAAUUUAACACAAUAAGGAGAGAGAAUUAUGAUUUGUAUUUUUUUAACAAAGAAUUGUAUUUCUGAUUAUUUUGUUUUGUUUACCGUGGCAGGGAGCUGUGUUUUAGACGUACUAUAAUAAUAAUAAUAAUAAUAAUAAUAAUAAUAAUAAUAAUAAUAUGCUAUGAUUGCGCAUUCUGUGAGUUACAGAACCAGAUCCCAGACGAAACGUCCCGUAUUGUAAGAAGACGUGCUUUCUGGCGCUGAAAGGGUUCAUUUUUGCUCAUUUCUAUCGAUCCUUUCCGAGCCGGAUAGACAAUACGGGCAAUUUAGAUCAGUAGUGAAACCAGACUGCUAUAUUUUUGUCACAUCCUUAGACCUGUAUUGUAUUAAUUCAGAUUAUUUUUGUUUAAAACACAUUGGGCAGAUUUUUGAAUGAAUAUUUUUGUCUGUUUAAAUGUGUAUGGAGAGACAUUGUGUCUGUUCCCAGUGAAUAUGGUGUGGCCUAUUCACUAAGGGCUGGAUCCUCGUGGUAGAGUAAGGGGUUUAUUGAAUAGCAAUUUUCCCAAAAUCUUCAAUGGAAGAAAUGCUAUUCAGCAAAGCAAGUAAACUAUGAGAAUCCAGAUAUAAAUUGUGGAGAAAUAAUGCAGGAAUCCCAAAUGUUAGGAAUAUCCCCCAAAUCUCCUGUUUAUGCAGACCAGUUACUUGGCCUCCAAUUUACACUUUGUCAAUUCUCCCUAAAUUCCCAGUGCAGUGACUACCCCCCCAGGGUGUAAAAAUGGAAAGCCCACUACAGAUCUGUACAUUAGGACCGAGGUGAUCAUUGCAUGAAUGUCUUGUCACAGACCAGGUGGAGCGAGUAUUGAGUCUUGAUGUGUAGCUUUGUAGACUCAUGUCACAGCACAGGGCACGGGCCCUCUGUUUAUUCACUAAGCUGUGACCAGGGAAUCUCCAGGCAAACUCCAAGAUAAAACAGCAAAUUGUAAAAAAUAUCCAACAGAAAUCUUGCAAGUUGGUUGUCAGUUGGUGAUUACUCACUAGCGAAUAAACUCACUUGUUUUAUAUUGUCACCGAGGCGUGUAGCCCACAGACUGACCU